AUGUCUCCCUAUCAACAACGAAUCAAUAUUCCCAUCCAACACGUGUCCAAUAAUAUUGAUGCUCGUCGCACGGAACCAUACCGACUAAAUUCCGUUUAUACAAAAGAUACAACCACACAAUGGAUUCCCGAUUCGAUAACUGACCGAGAAAUAUUCCGUAUAAAAAUAAACAUCGACGGAUUUCAUAAAAAUGAUGUUCAUGUUCGUGUGGAUGGAAGCAAACUUUAUAUCUACGGUGAACGAAUUGAAAAUAAAACUCAAGGUACAUCAAAGAAAAUUAUCGAAAAAUCUUACGAACUACCAGCCGAUGUGGAUAAAUCAAAUCCACAUAUAUCCUAUCCGUCAUCUUCGCUGAUGCAAGUUGAUUUUCCAGCAAAACAUCCGUCGCGAAAAAUAUCUACCAAUAGACGCAUUCGUUCUCCUGAGAUUGAACAAUUUCAUGAAAAUCGAACAAGUGCACUUCCAAUACAUCGUGUAUCCAUCAACUCCAGAGAUUCUAAUCUCACUUCUACGCCUUUAAGCAGUCCAGUUUACAAAUUUCCUGAGUCGACUAGCGCUCCAACCAUGAAUAAAGCUAUAUCAAUUUACAAACAAACUGCUAACAAAAUUCAGCGACGACGUGCAACUCCAAUUGUAGGCUUUCAACCAUCUUCGCAUGGCGAACAACAACGGUCUAUGACUCCAGCAUUAUCCAGUAUAAUCGAAGAAGAUCCAAUGAAGUCAUCGUCAUCUUCUGACACGGAGAGCAGUAUUAGUAACCCUUCAGUGUCAUAUUUUCCUUCAGAUUUCAAUUCGGAAGCUUUCUAUAAAAGUAUUUUCCAACCGGAAAUCUUCACCGAUGAUCGUCAUCAACGAUAUAUCGAAAUGCGACUUGAUGUUCAGAAUCAUAAACAAGAUGAUAUCAAAGUAUCAAUCAAUGGCAAUGAUCUCGUUGUUCACGCUGAAAAUACUGAUUUUUAUAGACAAAUCACUUUGCCAUCGAAUACUGAUCUCUCGAGUUUAUCGAUACAUCAUCAUCACGACAAAAAACUUUACAUAACAGUGAAAUUACUCGAUGCGCAUUCAUCAUUUCGAUACAUCUGA